CCCAUAUCGCCUCCUCUUCUUUCCCACUUCCCACUUGCCACACUCAUCACUCCGACCACGACCAAUGGCUGCCACCGCUCUCUUGGCCGCCUAGUCCUCUUUCUCUCAACGCCACAAUGUUCGGAGCUCAGCCCUCAUCCGCUGCUCCCUCCGCCUCCGCCUUCGGCAGCCCCACCUUCGGCACUCCGUCCUCCGCGUCUGCCUUCGGCACUCCGUCUUCUACUCCUGUCUUCGGCACUCCAUCCACACCUUCCUUCGCCUCCGGAUUCGGAUCUUCUCUCUUCUCCACCCCAUUCUCUCAACCACAACCACAACCACAACCACAACAGCAACAGCAGACUCCAUUUUUUCAGCAGCCUAGCUCAUCUGGCUUCGGAUAUCAAACCCCGUUCGCCGCGCCGCAGUCGACGCCGGCUCCCCAGUUGACCACUCAGAUGGCUCCCGUGGCGCCUCUGCCAUUCUCGCUAGCUGAUCGUGACGUCCAGGCGAUUGUCGAGGCUUACAGGGACGAGCCUGGAAACCCCAAGUAUGCUUUCAAGCAUUUGUUAUUCAGUGUAACCGAUCCACAGUUCAGGGUGAAGCCUGCUGGUGCAUCAGAUAUCAUGUGGGCAGAGGCUAUGGGGAAGCUGGAGGGUAUGGAGAGUUCUGAGCGGGAGCGUCUAUGGCCUCAGCUUGUUCAGGGUUUCAAGGACCUUUCACAGCGAUUGAAGCUUCAAGAUGAAGUCAUCCUCUCAGAUGCUGAGAGAUUGCGAAUGACCCAAAGCAAUGUGAAACUGCUUCAAAGGCAUUUUCAGGCUGACACUCUUCCUUGGAUCCAAAGAAUGAGACAGAAGGAGCAAGGCCUUCAAAGACGCCUCUUAAGGGUAAUGAGAAUAGUGGAGGCAUUGGAAGGUAAGGGUUACCGGUUGCCCUUAAUGAAAGGAGAAGUUGAAUUGGUUGAGAAGUUAGCUGCAAUAACUAGACAGCUGAAGGGAUCAGGAGCAGAACUUUCUAGGAGGGUUCAAAAUCUGCUCACCAUUUCUCGUGUUCAAGCAAAUGCCAUUGGUGGUGGUGGUUCUGUUUAUCUCCCGGGAUCAACAAAAAUACAUGAACAGAGCCUUGCUGAUAUGCAGGAGGUCUUACAACAGCAAACGGAGGCAAUUGCUAGGCUUGGAAAUGUAUUGAAGCGAGAUAGCAGGGACAUGGAGAUUAUAAUGUCAGAGGACACAGAAAUGACACAAGACGGAAACUAGUGCAUGAUGUGAAUUAUUGGUUUUCCUUUUGUAUUGAAGGCUCUGCAUUUUAACCAAGUUGGAAGUUGGUGGCUACCAUAUUGGCAGCUCCUGAUUGUAACAGAAUGUUCAACGAUUUUGAGCCAAAUAGUAACAUCGGUAGUUUCAUCAUUCUUCUCUUGAAUACAGAAUAUUCUUUGAAUAAUGUUUUGGAACCUAGCUUCCUUCCUUUCUAAGUAUCACACCGGCCGAAAGCUUGGUUGACAUGCUCUAAGACAUUCGCUAUAACAUCUCUGUAAUAUAUACAUAUGGUACAAUGACAUUUUCAUUUUUCA